AUUUCACGGCGCCGAAGAUGAUACGCUCGAUAACGGAUUCGCCGGGAACAGAUCGACGCACCGUCGGAAAUAAAGGAGCAGGGUUUGCGGCCGCGACAGAUAACAUCGGCGAAAGAUUCCAGCUGUUGCCGGCCUGGGUCCACGGUAUGAUGAUCCUGCUGCCGUCCUUUUGAUGUCAAACGAGCAGCCCGAUGAUGAUCCCGCGAACGACACAGACCAGCCCGUGGAUAAACCCGGCGUGUCAUCGCAAAAUGUUAGUGGUCCAGCGUUGCCGGUUCAGAGUCUAACACCGGGUCAGAAACCGUCGAAAGCGAACAAAAGAGAGAACAAGAGGCGGAGCCUGUGCGACCAAAAGAUUAACAACGAUGAAUCCCGGGUUUCCGGCGACAUAUGCAGAAUAUGCCACAUGGGCGGGUUUCCCAGAACCGGCAACAGCCGAACAACGAGACCAAGGCGAAGCCAAGCUGUCCGUGGAAACGACAGCGAGACAUCGACCGCGUCAUCCUGCGCGUACCUCGGCCCUUUGAUCUCCGCUUGCAUGUGUCGCGGAACAGUGGCUCUCGUGCAUGCGGCGUGCCUCGAAAGAUGGCUGACGGAAUCGGGUCACACGAGCUGCGAGCUUUGCGGAUACAAAUACGUGACCAAGAGGGUGCCGCGUCACAACAUCAUCCGCAGCGUCGCGAUAUGGUUCAACACCGUAAUAGUCACUCGACAAAUGCUAUUGGACAUCCUCUAUUUAAUCGUCACGACGCCGCUCGCUAUAUUCUCCUGCUACAUUUGCGCGCUGGCCCUGAACAUGUUGCUGAAGAACGGCAUAUUCGCGGUGCCCUGGAUGAUCGUCACCAUGCUUCCCACCUGUCUCCUCACUUUGGUGGCGUAUUGGGGAUGGAUCAUAACUUUGGGAAGAUUACACGGGCGUCGAUGGCGUCGUUACUGGCGCAACAAUUUCGUGAUUAGGUUGGUGCCGAACAACGGCAUCGCAGCUGAAACGAUACCGGAAGUGAGCACGCCGGAUUUCGAGACGAGCUGGCCCGAGGACGAAACCGAAGAAGCAACGGAGGCUUCCGACGCGCCGAACGAAUCGAUCUGAGGAGAUCCUGUUGCCCCGAGAUCCCGCCGCGGACGAUUGUAACGGCUCGUAAUUGGAUUUCAUUAAACUGUGGCUUUAAUCGAAGCCGAUUACCGGCCGGCGACGGCGAUUAAUCGCGGCGUCGAUCAUAAAUUCGCCGGCCGCUUCCGGAUGCCAAUCGUUUCACGCAAUAAAUCGAAAAUUAGCUCGUGAACAUCGAACGUUGCGAUCUCGUCGUUUGUUUCGGCGCGCCGCGUCUUCCGCCGUUAAUUAAUAAUAUAUAGCUUGUUUGCUUAGCCCGUGGAAAUAACGAUCGACAGCGAUUCAAUCGAACAGCAAUUCGAGUUGAAGAAUCUCGAACCGAAUAACGUUCAGAUAUUCGAACGCAGCUCCACUAAAUAUCGAUUCAAUAAAAAAAGAAAAAGAAAGAAGAAAAAACCGA